AUGGGCAUUUUAUCCAAGACCCAGCCAAGAAAUCGGUUUUGUUCAAGAGCUUCUCUCUUCAAAAUCACAGCUCUCUUGUUUAUAUUUUCUCUCUUCUCUCUUGUCCUAUUUAAGGUGGAUGAUACGGUUUCUCAAAUAGCAACCGGAACAAAAACAGUUGUAGGUCACAACUUGGGGCAAACGCCGUGGCAUCGAUUCCCGCCUAAACAGUUAGACGAGAAAAACAACACCAAGUACACCAAAGCUGCCAAUUUGAUAAAGUGCUCCUACUUCACCUGUCUGUUCAGCUCCAACCCCGGCAACACACCACUCAACCAUCACCAUAAACUACUCAACUCAUCUACGUGUCCUUCUUUCUACCGUUGGAUUCAUCGUGAUCUAGAACCGUGGGCUCAAUCGAAAAUAGCUGUGGGAAACUUGAUGGAAGCCCAAGCCCAUGCUGCUUUUCGGGUGGUGAUUUACGGCGGAAAACUCUACGUGGAUUUCUACUACGCGUGUACGCAGACGCGCGCCAUGUUUACGAUAUGGGGUUUACUGCAGCUUCUGCGUAGGUAUCCCGGGAUGAUACCGGACGUUGAUCUAAUGUUUGAUUGUAUGGACAGAUCUUCUGUUAGCCGCAAGAGAUAUAGGCCAGGGAGAAGGUGGCCGCCACCACCGCUGUUUCGUUACUGCACCACUGACUGGGAGUUUGACAUUCCGUUCCCCGAUUGGUCAUUUUGGGGGUGGCCCGAAACAAAUAUACAACCAUGGGACAAGGAAUUCGAUAACAUCAAGAAAGGAAGCGGAGCCCAAAGUUGGAGUAACAAAACUGCACAUGCAUACUGGAAAGGUAACCCGUAUGUCGCGUCGCCGGUUCGAAUGGAGUUAUUGAAAUGCAACGAUACUAAGUUAUGGGGAGCUGAAGUUUUUAUCCAGGAUUGGAUCAAGGAAAAACAAGUUGGAUUCAAGACAUGCGAUUUAGCAAGCCAGUGUAAACAUAGGUACAAGAUUUACGCCGAGGGGUUUGCAUGGUCGGUAAGCUUGAAGUACAUUCUUUCGUGCGGUUCGCUUCCGUUGAUGAUAAAUCCGGUAUUCCAAGAUUUCUUUAGCCGUGGCCUUGUGCCCAAAGAAAAUUAUUGGCCUGUUACUUUUUCAAAUCUAUGUCGCUCCAUAAAAUUUGCUGUUGAUUGGGGAAACGCAAACCCGUCACAGGCGGAGGAAAUAGGUAAAGGAGCGCAAGACUUGAUGGGAACUCUGAAUAUGGAAAGAGUUUACGACUAUAUGUAUCACCUUAUCAACGAAUACUCGAAACUCCAAAACUUCAAACCAGUUCCACCAUCAACUUCGCAGGAAGUGUGCAUGGAGUCUGUUCUUUGUUAUGCAAAUGAAAGAGAGAAGGGAUUUUUGAAAGGGUCGAUUGCUUCGCCUUCGUUGUCAAUGCCGUGUACAUUACAAUCGCCUGAUCGUGAAUUAGUAGAAAAUUUGAUUCAAAAGAAUCGACAAAUAAUUGAUGAUGUGCAAGAGAUGGAGAGGAUACAAAUGGAACAGAAUGACACGAGAAAUAUUGUACCAGCAUCAUCCAUGGAACAGAAUGACACGAAAAAUAUUGUACCAACACCGUCAAUGCAACCAAACUAG